AUGGUGCCAUCAGCAGUGCCAUCAUUUACCACCGGCAAUGACCACAAACUGGCGUGGGAAAGGUCAGACUUCGACGAGGAGAUCGAGAAGAAGGCAUUGCAAAUGACAACCGCAGGCAACUACCUAAAAAAUUCGACAAGACGGAGUUCCAAACACGUAAACGUUUCCUGCGAAGAGUGGAGCCUGAAAAACAGCAGAGACGACGAUAACGAGGAGUUCAAUGAGAAACGGAAGAUCGCUGAGUAA